GCACAUUCUGCUGAGUCUGCAAGAAAAAUUAAAGAAGAAAUGACCACUCUUCUCAAGGCUGGUGGUUUUAACUUAAGAAAAUGGCGUUCAAACUUACUUGAACUGUCCGAUAUCCCUAUUGAUCUGCAAAAAGAAGAAUUUUAUUUCAAGCAGCCUGAAUCUACGAAAGCUUUGGGCCUUCGGUGGAAUCCCAAAAGUGAUAUUUUUAUUUUUCAUCCAAUAGAGAUAAGAACCGACGACGCCCCAACCAAACGACAACUGCUUUCGGAAAUCUCAAAAAUCUUCGAUCCCUUAGGCUGGCUAUCUCCGGUCACUAUAAAGCUCAAAAUCCUAUUCCAAGAAACAUGGAAAACCGAGCUGACUUGGGACCAAACCGUUCCACGGGAUAUUGCCCUAGAAUGGAACAACAUCAAGGCGGAUUUACCCCAUAUAUCUCAAUUUAAGAUACCCCGCUGGAUUCGAACUCAAGAGUCGGAUGUCAUCGAACUUCACGGUUUUUGCGACGCCAGCACAAAAGCCUACGCAUGCGUUGUAUAUUGCAGGAUCCUAAGAAACGAUAUAGCGCAAAUAUCCUUAGUUGCGGGAAAAUCAAGAGUUGUACCUCUGAAAAAAUCUCAAUCAAUCCCACGAUUAGAACUCUGCGGAGCUCUCUUACUGACUAAGCUUAUGGAAAAAAUUAUAUCUUCAUUAUCAAGCUAUCAGGUUCAAGUUUAUGGCUGGGUAGAUUCUAUGGCAGUGCUUGGAUGGCUAAAAGGCGAUCCCGAAAAAUGGAAACCCUUUGUAGCGACAAGGGUGAGAAAAAUAUGUGACGUAAUCCCUAGAGAUAACUGGCGAUACGUCAAAUCUAAAGAAAAUUCUGCUGACUGCGCAAGCCGCAGUUUAUCAGCAGCCCAAUUAGCUGAACAUUCUCUUUGGUGGAAAGGACCCAGCUGGCUACCUUCCUUCGAUCCCGAAAAUUAUCCUGUCGAUGUAUCCUAUGACACGACGGAAGAUCUCAGGAAAAAGAAGUUAGUAAACAUCGCCACUACAAACUUCAAUACCUCUAUAAUUAAACAAUUAUUAAAUAAAAUUAGUAAACUGAGAACUGUAAUACGAGUUAUAGCCUACGUUAACAAAUUCAUUGACAUAUAUUUACACCGAAAUAAUAACGUGACUUACCUUACAUUGCAAGAUCUCAAACGCGCAACAAAUAUGUUAAUAAAACAAGUGCAACAGGAGUACUUUUUUAAAGAAAUCUCACAUCUCCAGAACGGCGAAUCUCUAAAUAAUAAAAGCCAGAUCUUAAAUCUUAAUCCUAUUUUAGACGCCGACGGAAUAUUACGUGUCGGUGGACGGCUGAAACAUUCGCAUUUGAGUCCCGAUAUUAAACAUCCCAUCAUCAUCCCAAAUCAGUCAAAACUGGCAGAUCUCAGAAUGUGCGUCAAGUGUCGUAAAAACGAACCCAUACUGAAAAAUCAGCUGAUGGGAGACUUACCCCCAUCCCGAAUAAUUCCCAGUCGACCUUUCUACCAUACAGGAUUAGACUAUACUGGACAUAUUUUAGUAAAAGCUAAUAAGGGUCGUGGCAUAAAAACAACCAAAGGAUAUGUCGCAGUAUUUGUCUGUAUGGUAACUAAGGCCAUACACCUGGAGUUAGUGUCCGACCUUACUGCGUCAGCGUUUAUUGCAGCGCUCAGACGUAUGUCGGCAAGAAAGGGUCUUCCUGGUCACCUCUACAGUGAUCAAGGAACGAACUUUAUAGGAGCUAAUAAAAUCCUUAGACAAGAGUACUCCGAAAUCUCCAGAAUCUUAUCAAGCCAGGACAACCUCGCCGCUAUCUCUGAGAUGAACAUCGAGUGGCAUUUCAACGCCCCAUCCUGGCCAUCUGCAGGCGGGCUGUGGGAAGCCGCUGUAAAGAGCUUAAAACAUCAUUUAAAGAGGGUCGUCGGAGAGCAGAAAUUGACAUACGAAGAGUACAGUACACUAUUAUCCCAACUUGAAGCCUGUUUAAACUCGCGACCACUCUGCCCCUUAUCAGAAGAUCCUGAGGACAUAAAUUUUCUAACCCCGGCUCACUUUUUGGCAAGCGGGCCCAAUUUGACCUUAUAUGAUACGGAAAGUGAUCUCAGAACUCGUUGGUACUUAGUACAAAAAAUCUACAAUGAUAUUUGGACUCAGUGGAAAAAUGAAUAUCUCACACAGCUAUCGACUAGAGCAAAAUGGAGAAAAUCUCAAAAGAAUCUUAACCUCAAUGAUAUCGUCAUCAUAAAAGAUGAAAAUCUCCCUCCCGGAAAAUGGGCUCUAGGUCGAGUAGUAGAAAUUCAUCCCGGAACAGACGGCCUAGUCAGAGUCGUCACCCUAAAAACUAAGAACGGUUUAUUAAAACGACCCAUUGUCAAGCUCGCGUUAUUGCCAGUGAAUGAAACCUCCAAUCCUUCCCCGGAUAAGGAACAAGAGAAAAACUCAAAUUAAACGAAGUCCAAUCGUAUCUCAUAUUCUAAAAUCUCAGAAUUGGCACUUAAAAAAUAUAUUAAUAUUAAUUACCUCGAAACAAUAAUUUGUUUAGAAAUAAAACAUAUAAGACACCGUGCGAAGAUAUCACAUUGCAACUCGGGCACGAGUUCGAAGAAUUAAAACAUUAUAAUAAUAUUAUUACGAUGAAUGAAUCAUUUGUAAUUGGAAACGCACAGAAGCGCCGGCGCCGAGGCUUAAUAGAUGAAGUUAUAGGCUAAGUUGUAUAUAUUAUAUUUCUUUUAGAUACUGAUUUACCCGCUGAGAUUGAUCCCAAUAAUAACUCAAAAUCUUAAGACAGUUCGACUCUGUUGAGAAAAGUGUUGAUGCUCUAAAGACGAAUGAUCCGUAUUUGCUGCUGUAGUGCUGUACUGAAGACGGCGGCAGAGGCUUCAGCGUCGGGAGUCUUCGAGACCUCUAGAGGCGCAGCCGGCUAGAGCGUCUUCCUCCACGCCCCCCGAAGGAACUGAGUUAAGUGAGUGUUGUGUAGUUAGGGAAAAUGGGCAAUCUUUAGCUAAAAUGAAAAGUGUAAGUGUGAGUGAUC